AGGAUUUGUUAUAAUUGUUUUUGUCCUUUGAGGGUGAAGUAGGCUGAAGGUUACAUCUCAGCCAUGGAGGUAAUUGACGCUGUCAGAGGUCUUAACGUCGGCUGGCUGCACCUGCAUCAUUUAUUUGCACUGGUUUGUGUAGUUGCUGUUGCCUUUAAGUUAAUUGCGUUAGUCCGACAGAGAAAAGAAUUUCUUCGAAGUUUUGCAGCUUUUCCAGGACCAGCGGGUCACUGGCUCGUGGGACAUAUUCUAGAGUUUAACCAAGAUGGGAAAGAUUUUGAUAACAUGAUGGUAAUGGCCCAGGAGUACCCCUUUGCAUUUCCAUUAUGGUUUGGUCCUUUUGCUUGUUUCCUCAACAUUCAUCACCCAGAAUAUGUGAAAACCAUCCUGGCAUCAACAGAGCCUAAAGAUGAUUAUGUGUAUGGUUUUAUUACAUCUUGGAUUGGUGAAGGUUUGUUGGUUUCUAAAGGUCCAAAGUGGUUUCGUCACAGAAGGCUCCUGACUCCAGGUUUCCACUAUGACGUGUUGAAACCAUACAUAAAACUGAUGUUAGAAUCUGCAGAAACUAUGCUGAACAAAUGGGAAAAUUAUGCAAAGAGCCAAAAGUCCUUUGAGUUGUUUGAACACGUGAGCCUCAUGACACUGGACAGCAUUUUGAAGUGCGCCUUCAGCUGUAACAGCAACUGUCAAACCGAGGGAGGAACAAAUGCGUACAUCACAGCAGUGUAUGAUCUUACCUAUCUGGUUAAUCUGCGGUUCAGGAUCUUUCCCUACCACAGUGACAUCAUCUUUCAACUGAGCCCACAUGGUUUCAAAUACAGGAAGGCACUGAGGGUGGCUCACAGUCACACAGAGGAAGUCAUAAGAAAGAGGAAAGAAACCCUGAAGAAGGAAAGGGAGCUGGACCGCAUACAGGCUAAGCGAAGCCUAGACUUCCUGGACAUCCUUCUCUGUGCAAAGGAUGAGAAGCAGCAGGGUCUGUCAGAUGAAGACAUACGAGCAGAAGUUGAUACCUUUAUGUUUGAGGGUCAUGACACAACAGCUAGUGGCAUCUCAUUUAUUUUCUACUGUUUGGCCUGCAACCCAGAACACCAGAAGAUCUGCAGAAAUGAGAUCAAUGAGGUCCUGAAUGGCAAGAACACGUUUGACUGGGAGGAUCUCAAUAAAAUUCCAUACACAACAAUGUGCAUAAAAGAAUCACUCCGUCUUUACCCUCCUGUACCAGGAACAUCCCGAAAAACCACCAAACCCAUGACAUUUUUUGAUGGAAGGACUGUGCCUGAAGGUUGUCUUCUUGGGAUAAGUGUGUAUGGGAUUCAUCGAAAUCCAGAUGUGUGGGAGAAUCCUGAUGUCUUUGACCCACUUCGUUUUCUGCCUGAGCGCACUGCCUCGAGGUCGCCGCAUUCCUUUGUUCCAUUUUCUGCAGGUCCAAGGAACUGCAUUGGUCAAAACUUUGCCAUGAAUGAGAUGAAAGUGGUCAUCUCACUGACACUGAAGAGAUAUGAGCUGAUAGAGGACCCCACAAGGAAACCUAAGAUCAUUCCCAGACUGGUGCUUCGCUCACUCAAUGGCAUCCACAUCAAAAUUAAACCUGUGGAUCCACAAGGGGAGUAACUGUACCAUCAAAUACGGAAUGGAUUUUUUUAAUAGGAUUAUUUGGGAAAUAUUGUCCUAUUCUCCUUACUUUCAUCUUUUUCCAUGUUUCUGUCGGGUUGAUGGUUCUCAUACACUUUCUCUGUGCAACCCAUUCCUGCACCUCCAAUCCACUCACACCCAUUUCCUUAGGCCCCCUUUGCACACGACAGUGGCAAUUGUGCGUCUGUUCUGCAGCUUAAAGCGUAGCCAAUCCAC